CUUGCACUAAUAAUUUAGUAAUAUUUUUGAUUCCAUUGUAUAAACAAGUCAAUUCGCAUACUUUGUUGCUAUAUGCAAAAAUGAAAGCUUUAUACGCGCUGAUUGGACUGACUGCGCUAGUUGCCUCAGUCACAUUUGUAAUGUCUCAAUCAAGCGACGAAAUGGAUAAAUGGAAUAGAAUAGCCUGCCUGUCUGAGUCCAAUACCACGGAAGAUGAAGUAAAGAAAUUCUUUGAGAACGGCAUGAAGGCUAGCGAAGCUACGAAUAGUAUAAAAUGUCACGUUAAAUGUUUGUUGGAGAAGCAGGGCAUCUUCAAUAAGAGCGUUUACAAUGCUGAUGUUGCUAUAAAGCAACUAAUGAAAAUUCCAGCAAUGAAGGGGCAUGAAACCGAAGUAAAACAGGCCGUGAAUAGUUGCAAGAAUGAGAAAGGCGCCAAUUAUUGUGAUACAGCUUUCAAAAUUUGUAUGUGCAUUAAGGAGUUCAAAGCCCAGAUGUGA